AGGUUUUCAGACAAGAAAGAAAGGCUGAUGCAUCUUAAAACCAAACAGAGAGAAUUCCAAAAACAUGUUUUGAAGGCCAUGGAAGGGAAGGAGAUAACUGAUCAGCUGAGAUGGAAAAUAAUGUCUUGCAAGAUGAGGAUUGAGCAGCUGAAACAGACCAUUUGCAAAGAAAAUGAUGAAAUCACGAGACAUGCGGAGGGGCUGCUGAGAAUUAAAGAGGAGAACCAGAAGCAUUAUCGCAGGGCUCAGCGGCAUCAGGAGAAGAAAGAGAAGAUCCAGAGGCACAACCGCAAGCUGGGAGACUUGGUAGAGAAAAAAACCUACGACUUGAAAACCCAUUACGAGCAUCUGGCAAACCUUCGUCGGACACAUAUCCUGGAGCUAACAUCAGUCAUAUUUCCCAUUGAAGAAGUCAAGACAAGCAUGAGAGAUCCUGCAGAUGUGUCUUCUGAGAGUGACAAUGCUAUGACCUCUAGCACUGUGAGCAAGCUCGCCGAAGCCAGGAGAACCACUUAUCUCUCUGGGAGAUGGGUGUGCGACGACCACAACGGGGACACCAGCAUCAGUAUCACAGGGCCCUGGAUAACUCUCCCUAAUAACGGAGACUACUCAGCGUAUUACAGUUGGGUGGAAGAGAAGAAGACCACACAAGGACCAGAUAUGGAACAUAAUAACCCCGCUUAUACCAUCAGUGCUGCAUUGUGCUAUGCAACUCAGCUUGUUAACACUUUGUCUCUCAUACUUGAUGUAAAUCUUCCCAAGAAGCUCUGCAACAGUGAGUUCUGCGGAGAGAAUCUCAGCAAACACAGGUUCACACGGGCAGUGAAGAAGCUGAAUGCGAAUAUCCUUCACCUUUGCUUCUCUCAGCAUGUAAAUUUAGAUCUGUUGCACCCACUGCAUACCCUCAGGAACCUUAUGUACCUGGUCAGCCCAGACACUGAGAACUUGGGCAGGUCCGGGCCUUUUGAAAUCAGCGCCGAUCUUGAAGACUCUAUGGAGUUCGUGGAUCCCAGCGCCGCCGGCGAAACGGACGAGAGCGGCGACGAGCACGUCAGCGACGAAGAGACGGACCUCGGGACAGACUGGGAGAACCUGCCGAGCCCCAGGUUCUGCGACAUCCCCUCUCAGCAGGCGGAGAUGCUGCAGAGCCAGAGCACGCAGGUAUCGCAGCCGAUCGCCAGCAGCAGCGCCGGGGGGAUGAUCUCGUCUGCCGCUGCCUCGGUGACCUCCUGGCUGAAGGCAUACACCGGCCACCGCUAA